AUGGUUGCAAGUCCGGAGAAUACUGACUAUGAAGCGGACACCUUUGAAGACGCCCGAGAUACAGCUCAAGACAGCGAUAACCCAAAUUCCUCCAAGCUCCCUCGAUCCUUGACAGAUAGACGGCCUUCCAACAGCUCUGCAAAGUCCCCUUCUACUCCCGUAGCCACCGAAUUACCUCCGCUACCGUUAACAUCUCCCGGAGUUGACGAGGAUGGAGAGAUCUCCAGUAUAACCUCACCCGUCUCGCAGUUGGGAGAGGACACACCUAGGAAACAGAGACGACCAAAGUCACCGCUAUUGACAACCCACCGGCUGUCGUCUUCCUCCCUCGACGAUGUCAAUCUUUCGAAUGCAAAGGAGGACGAGAACACCAACGGCACGGGACCUCCCCUGUCUCCUGACCAACACUCGGAUAUUCCACCAAUGCUUCCGUCUAAAGAUUCACCACCCAGCCAAAACCGCCUACAAGGCCUAUCGGCCUCUAUUCCCUCUGUCCCUUGGGGUGCGCCGCCGGUGACAAAAGCUCUCCCUCCGGCUCCCCAAAGUGCUACCACUCCCUCGUCAAGAAAGCUCACUAGCCCCUUUUCCUGGCUUUCUAGAGGGAAUACAAAAGAUAGCAAAAACCCAUCCUCUACUACUAAUGGAGCUAGGAGGAAUACGGGAGCCUCUGUGUCUACAAUCAUGAGCACUUCAGAACACCUUGGGAGGCACCACGAUGGGAGUGAUGGAGAAACUGGAAGCUUGGACUCCCGUGGUCAAAUACGAAACAGCCUGAAAGAUCAAUUUAAAUUGCUGAGGCUGCAGGAUGAAGGCAUUCCAGUUGGAACCGACGACCAGGCCAGUAUUGCGUCGGGGGAAGGGAAAGGAUCUCGCUCAUCUAUUGGUAGCCCAGGCUUAGAUGCUGGCGAAGCUGCUGCUUCAGUACCCUUGCCCUCGCCAAUAGCAACGUCUCCGCUUCCGUCCACAGUCAACCCAGAACUGCCACCCGGUACCGUAUCUGGAUUUUCAGCAUCUGCUACAGAUGCCUCAGCGCCGGUCGACUGGGAGCUCUGGCAACAGGUUGUGAAUAAUGGCCCUGAAGCAUUGGCCGGGGAAAACUCGGAGAAAUUAAACGCAGCUAUAAAACGAGGUAUACCGCAAACAAUCCGUGGUGUGAUAUGGCAGGUACUUGCGGACAGUAGGAACCCCGAGCUAGAGCAUGUGUACCGGGAACUUUGUGCACGUGGUACAGACAAGGAUCCAAACCGGUCACUGAGCUCGACGUCCAUAGUAUCUAUCAACGGGAACUCUGCCGGAAGUCCAAAGGAAAGGGAAUCCAUUUCCUCUUCCCGCUCGUCAAUACGCUCUGAUAGCUCUACCCAGGCUACCAGCUCCAUUCAUGGAACUGCUGCUGGAAUUAACUCUGAAAAGGACUCCGAAUCGGUAGCUAAGGCAAAGGCUGCUCUAGAAGCUGAGCGUAAGAGGCGGUCAAAGGAAGAUGCAGCUGCCUUGCAAAAGUUGGAGAAGCAAAUCCGCCGAGACCUUGGGUCCCGUACCAGUUAUUCAAAAUAUUUCAUGUCUCAGCGCAAUCAGGAAGGCUUAUUCAAUAUUUGCAAAGCCUAUGCUCUAUAUGAUUCAGGUGUUGGCUAUGCUCAGGGGAUGAACUUUAUUGCUAUGCCACUCCUGUUUAAUAUGGAUGAUGGUGAAGCAUUUACCCUUAUGGUAAAACUUAUGAACAAGUAUGGAAUGCGAAACAUGUUCAUCCAGGACAUGCCGGGCCUUCAUCUCCACCUUUAUCAGUUUGAGCGUCUGCUAGAAGAUCUACAGCCAGCCCUCGCUUGCCACCUGCAUCGACGAGGUGUUUCCCCAGGGCUCUACGCGACGCAAUGGUUCCUCACCCUUUUUGCUUAUCGUUUCCCGCUUCAGCUCGUCCUUCGCAUAUACGAUCUGAUAUUCGAAGAGGGUCUUGAAAGCACCAUCUUGCGAUUUGCUGUCGCUAUCAUGCAACGAAAUGUAGAUACGCUUCUUGCAAUGAAUGAUAUGACUGCUUUGACCAACUUUGUCAAAGAAAAAGUCUUUGACGUAUACAUCGACCAGCAGCCAACUCCCAGCUCGAUCCUUGAAUCCGGGUUCUUCGGCAGCUCAGGAGCAAAUGACAAGGAAAUCUACCGUGCGGAUAUCAUGGUUGAGGAUGCCUGUGCCAUUCCCUUGACUCCUGAAAUGAUCAGGGCUUACACAGACGAGUGGGAACAGAAGACCCGCGCUGAGAAAGAGCUCGCGGAUGAGCUAGAGAACUAUAAACAUACCGUCGCUACUCAGGCCAGCCGCAUCCGCUCGCUGGAAGAGCACGCAGAAAAGUCAGACAAGGAACAUGUUCAGAUAGCAUCCGAGCUUGUUCGAGUCAAGGUUGAGAACGAAGAACUCAAAGAUAUGAAUGAAAGUAUGAAGGUCGAGGUAGUAGAACUCAAAGCCGUGAUAGACAAACAACCGGCAGAGCUUGAAGAGAAACUCCGGACCGAAAUGGACCGUAUAAUGCAGCGAAAUAUCGAGGUACAGAAUGAGAACCGGUCAAUGGAGGAGCAAAUGGCAGAGAUGGAAAAGGACUUGGUCGAGACAAAGAUGAAAUGGGCAGAGCUAUCGCAAAGCCACGAGGCGCUACAGCAGAAACUCGGCGAUUUACGCAAGACAUUGAAUCAAUAA